UAGAUAAGCCUAGAGAUGUAUGAUAUGAGAUACAAGGUGGGAGUGAUGGUGCAAUGCAAUAAUUAUAAACUGACAAACAACCUUGAAUGCGUUAGAAAAUUGUUUGUCGCUGUAUUUUACAAGGGCAGUAAGUGCAAGUGCAAGGUUGAAAUGGCAUUGGCAGAAGGGAGACAAAUCGACAAAGAGCCCAUCAAAAAACACGUCGAGAAACUUCUCAAACAUUUAUCCCUGGAUGCGGAAUCAUUAGAAAUAAAUUCCGGAAGCAGUCGCGGUGAAAACUACAUGGGAUCGGUAGCUAAAGUUCGGGCUAUCGCGAAAGAUAUCAAAGGGAACCAGCUAAAGUUCAAUUGGAUUGUAAAAAGUGCGUUUAAUAACAAGAGUUAUCGUCAAACUUCGAAAAUAGAGACGGCGUAUGAAAGAGAAGUACAAAUUUACAGAAACAUAUUCCCUGCCUUCGAAACACUUCAGCAAGAUAUUGGGAUUCAGCACUUUUUCGAAUCGUAUCCCAAAUUCUACUAUUAUAAUUUAGACAAUUUAGAUGAAGUAAUCAUUUUACAGAACAUGAAUGAGUUGGGAUACAAAACGGUAGAUAGGAAAAAUUUGUUGGAUUUUCACCAUGUCGUUUUGGUAAUCAGACAGUAUGCCAAAUUCCACGCACUUUCCUUUGUUCUGAAAGAUCGAAGUCCACAAAUCUUUUCCGAUUUAAAAGAUAAAUGCAAAGGUCAUUAUUAUGAUACCUAUACUGAUGAGGAACUGAUUGGUUUCGGUGAAUCCGAAAAAAAAACAGCUCUGGAAUGUCUAGAUUCAUUAGAUAAAACUUUAAUGGAAAGAACUGUAAAGUUUAUCGAUAAAUUUAGAGAAUCCAUAAGAAAUGCUACAAAAUCUGAUGAAUAUAGUGUCUUUACUCACGGAGAUUGUUGGAUUAAUAAUUUGUUGUUUAGAUACGCGGUAAGUACCUAACGUGCAGUAAAUAGUCAAUAAAAUGUAAAUUAAGUUACAAUAAAAGCCAGUGUCUAUUUACGAACGGGGAGGAAAUAUCUCUUCAUUUUAAUUUUAAAAAAAUAACGGUAAAUGUACAUUAUGUCUGAAAGCACAUUAUGUCGAAUUGCGUUUUCACGCAUCUGAUAUUAAGUAAAAAAAGGGCUGAUGUACUUGCUGAUUCAGCUGUCUUUACAUUUUAGG